AUGGAUAAGACUGCUUUCUUUAAAUUAGACGGCCAAACAAAAUCUAAAUGGAAAUGCCCAACUUGCUUUAAUGUAACAAAUCGACGCAAGGGAGAUAUUUUGAACACACCAGUUAGAAAAUCAGUGCCAUUUAAUAAUUCAAUAAUGUCUUGCGACGACUCUCUUUCUGUUGAAAACUCGGAAACUUCAGUAGGUUCUCAGCCAUCAACUUCUAUGUGCCCUUCUCUAGGACAAGAAGUUACAUUAGAGAGUAUAGCCAAACUUCUAGAUAUGAAACUUGAUGCUAAAUUAGAUGAAAAAUUUGAAUCACUCAAGAAAUCAUUCUAUAUUAAUAUGAAAUCAUUAAUCAAAACGGAGAUUGUUACAGCCAUUGGCCAAGUCAAAAUUGAAUUUGACGAGACUACAGACUUUCUACAUCGAGGGCAAAAAGAACUCAAGUCAAAUAUUGAAUCUGCCGAAAUAAAAGUUCAGGCACUAGAAAAAAUUAAUGCUGAUCUAACAAACAAAAUGAUUGUACUGCAUCGUCGUUUGGAAUCCAUGGAAAAAUUUUCCCGCAGUCACAUCGUGGAGAUUCAAGCAGUCCCCGAAAAACGGAAUGAGAAUAUUUUGACGCUUGUCAAAAAUAUUUACUCUACAGUAAAACUACCAAAGACAGACGCUGAAAUUAGUAUGUGUCGAAGGUUUGCUAAAUUGCCGACCACAUCAGCUCAACACCCGCGUAAUAUUUUGCUUUCGCUGCCUUCCAUACGGCAUCGUGAUAAUCUUUUGUCAGCGGUCAAACGUUAUAAUUAG